AUGUUCCACCUUCCUCCUCCACGCCACUGCCGCUUUAUACCGCCAACCUAUCACUACCGCAGUCCUGCACUUUCUCUCCACCCACCUUCUCUUAACCACCAUCAUAUCUCUAUCCGCCGGUUUCCUCCUCCUCCUCCAUCUUCGCUCCCGCCCUUACCCCCGUCUUCCUCCUUAACUAUUCCUGCUACCAACCGCCAUCGCACCGGAAAUGUACUUAUAAUAUGGCAAAUGAUUUUAUACUCCACGCUGCACGCUUCAGUUCGCCGGAGCCGAUCGAAUUCAUGCGUAAUAUAUACUCGAAAUCCGGGUUAG